CUAGUCUAGUGUUAUGUCACCCGUCACUUGUCAAACUCCUCACCUCAAAAAGUCCAUUGCAUAACAACAUCCACGAAAGGCAGGAAUAUGUUGAAACCUACCAACGUUUCUUCAUACCUGAAAGCCACCAGCCAGGUGGUGAGUAACAACCUCAAACCCGUCAAAACCAACGUUAUAGUCGCCCAGCACCAAGUCACCCUCAAAAAACCGAUCCCCCUCACGAGCUACUCCCUCAGCAAAACCCUCCCCAUCGGAAAUGCGGCUAUCACCAGCGGCCCCGCCGUCUCCAGCCAGAUCAGGUGGGCCCACACCGACAUCAACGUCCCCGACUUUUCCCAAUACAGACGCGACCCCGUCAAGUCCCCAACCAGCCGCAGCAGCGACUCCGAAGACAACAGGAAAAACUUCACUUACUUAAUCGCGGGGGCGGGGACCGUGGCCACCGCGUACGCCGCAAAAGCCGUGGUUACGCAAUUCGUGACUUCGAUGAGCGCCUCCGCUGACGUGUUGGCGUUGGCUAAGAUCGAGAUCAAGCUGGCUGAUAUUCCUGAAGGGAAGUCGGUUACUUUCAAGUGGAGAGGUAAACCGCUGUUCAUCAGGCAUAGGACUCCAGAGGAGAUUGCGACGGAGCAAGGCGUCAAUGUGGGGAGCUUGAGGGACCCACAGCAUGAUAACGAGAGGGUGCAGAAGCCCAAUUGGUUGAUCGUGUUGGGGGUGUGCACCCAUCUGGGCUGCGUACCCAUUGCUAACGCCGGGGAUUUCGGAGGGUAUUAUUGCCCGUGUCACGGGUCGCAUUAUGACGCGUCAGGGAGGAUCCGCAAGGGGCCAGCGCCGCUUAAUUUAGAAGUACCCUACUAUGAAUUCCCGGAUGACACCACCCUGGUAGUAGGUUAAUUACUGAUUUAUUUAUUUAAUUAAGAUGAAAAUAGGUGUAAUUACUACAUUGUAAAGCAAGUUGUCCCACCAAAACAUGAUUUUCCUCUUUUGUUGUUUUUAAAACUGAAAGAAAAUAAAGUUGAACUAAGAAAA